AUGCAACCACUGCAUUCGAGAGAAGAGUAUGUAGGACUCUCUUCUGCAGAUCAGCCAGAGUCUAACCUCGAGAAUCACAGCAACAUGAAUAUCAACAACAACCAAAUAGAAGACAAUGGGUUAGCUGCAACUCCCUCAAGGACCCUCUCGUCUGAAUCCAUUGAAAUGGAUGAAUCAGCUCCUUUGGAGACUCAAGAAAGAGCUGAACGUAUUGCAUCCACUAUUCAUUCAUCAUCACGCAAUGAUGAGCCUCACCAAGCUCCUUCUGAUCUUCGUCAUAACCAUCAUCAUUCGGGACACCACGGUACCUCAACACACCAUCCGGAGCCAUCUCAUCUCCAUCGUGGAGAAACCAUUCUCGACCGAUUGGACGAUGUAUUGGACAUUAGUCACAACGAAAACGUUUUAUCAAGUGUUCUGAUGACUGAACACCAUUUAAGACGUUCACAUGAUCACCAACAAAAAGCACACCAUCACCAAACACCAGCACUCGAAGAUGCUCCCUCUCAAUCAAAAGUUUGCGAUAAUGCGGAUCUUGUCAUUGAUCAAAAUACGACAUUUCCACCCUCUUCGACAACUACUUCAGAAGUGUCCAUGUUAGACAACAAGUUGGAAUCGUCGUUUAAUGAUCUCAAAGUAACUGCAGAAGGAGAAGUUGCCACUACUUCUGAGAAAGGACCUAAAUCUGCAGCUGCUAAGGCACUUCUCAGAAAGAGAAUAAUUAAUUUAAUUCUCUUCUUCUUGGGAACAAUGUGUUUCAAAUUUUCAUAUGAGACAUUGUCAGGUGCGAUUGGUUUGACCAUUCUCACAAGAUUGGAAAAUCAUCCUUUGGGAGCAACCACCAUUUUGAGUUUAUUGACCAUUACUUUUGGAAUUUCACAAUCCAUUUCUUCAACCUUAGUGGAAGGUUUUUUGAAACAAGUUCGUGCCACUCGAUUGUACAGCAUGGCUCUUUUAUUCUUUUCUCUGUUAAUUUUAACAAUGAUUGUAUUGGAGGCAACGACAGGAGGAACCUUAACCGAAGCAGGAUAUUGGUCGCCGUGGAUUAUUUUCCCAAUUUAUGUUUUUAUUGGAUUUAGCAUUGGAGUCAUUGAGGUUGUAAGAAAGAUUAUUCCAGCAUCCAUUCUCGGCAACUCCAAAUCUGUGACCCUUAAAAGAUUGAACGCAAGUAUUCACAUUAUCUACGAGUGUGCAGGUACUGUGGGUGCUUUCCUUUCUAGUGUGUUCAUUGAAAAACUUGGAUCUAUUUAUGCACUCUGUCACAUGCCUCUAUUUUUCACUGUUGGUGCAGUGUUCCUCUUCUUCAUCAGUGUUAAGGGUCUGCAACAAUCAGAGGAUCAAACAGAAACAGUCAACCCCUCAGCCUCAGCAACGGAUAUGUCAGGCCUCACUUCUCCUCGACCAACAUGGUCUCAAAGAGUCAAAUCUUUUAUGGUUCGUGUUGGAGUUAUUGUAAAGAAUUAUUUCAAGAGCAUGUUCAUUGGAGCCAAGAUUGUUCUCGCCAAUCGAUAUUACAUUUGGCUCAUUCCUUGUUUUGUGUUGCCUCAAACUCUUCACAGAUUGAUUGAAAAUAUCUUCCUUCCUGCUUAUGCGAAAAUGAUUUUGAAAAAGGGAAGUUAUUCAGGAAUCAUGUUGGGAGGUUCAAAUUUUGGAGAAUUGUUGGGAGCUGGAUUAUUGUUCUUGUUGGCCAAGAAGGUCAAGAAACCAACCAUUUGGAUAUUGAUGGAUGCUUUGUUUUUGAAUUUGAUGUGGAUUUUCCCAUUCCUCACUUUUGAUGAAACCACAAACAAUAAUUUGAUAUUUGCGAUUUGCAUUGUUCCAGCGAUGGUGUUGACCUCUGGUUCUUAUGCAGCUGGUGACUGCACUCAAAUUGCUUACAUUCAAUCGACUUUAUCUGAUGAAGUGAAUGAACAAACAGGUGUGAAUGAAUUGGCAGCAGUGAUGAGUUUCUUGUAUUCAUGUUACAUCAUUAUCACAACCUUUGUUGUGUUUGGAUUAUCUCAAGGAAUUGACAGAUUCAAUGCUGAGAAGAGACCUGAGUUUGGUUUCAUGACUAUUUGUAUUGUAUUGACUGUGUUGUCUGUGAUAAUUUCCACUAUUUAUUUACUCUUUGCUAAAGUUAAACCUUCCAAGGAAGAAGAAGAAGAGCAACAACAAAAAGAAGCUGAAACGAAGGAAUUUUCUGAAAAUCCAAUCAAUGAUUCAAGUCGAGUUAACUCAGUUGAACAGCUCGCUCCAAAAGAAGAGUCCUCAGUUGCAGUCCAUGUAUAA